UCUAUAUAUUACCUGUUGCCACUGCAGACUCACCUGCAGCCUUGUGAGGCGGGAGGACGGGACAUGAACGCAGAGAUAGUUUAAGGUCAAAUGGUGGAUAUGUAGUGCGAUGGACGGACGAUCAGAAAGGGAAUUAGCACCGUCUUUAUCGCCUUCCAGCAUGUCUUUGUCGAAGCCGGAGGAGCAGCUUGCUAUUGAGCUGAGCUGCCCCAUCUGCCUUCAGCUCUACUCUGAUCCAGUGGUUCUGCCCUGCGGGCACAAUUACUGCCGGGCCUGUAUCUCCAAGACCACAGGCUUCGCCGACGAGGGCGACAAAGUGCUGCCACGUUGCCCCGAGUGUCGUGAAGAAUACAAGGGUGUGGACUCCCUGCAGAGGAACUUCAAGCUCUGCAGCAUCAUCGAGGGGUACCAGGCCGCCGUACCGCACCUGGACAGGCAGCCCGACGCCGGGCCCGAGAGGAUGGAGGUCUUCUGCGACCACUGCAUCGACGAAGAGUCGCUGGCGGUGAAGACCUGUCUGAGGUGCGAGGUGUCGCUGUGCGCCAGGCACCUUCUGCGGCACCACGAGAAGGAGUCAUUCAAGGCGCACGCGGUGGUGGAGCCCGUGACCGAGCCGGGAAUGAAGGGCUGCGCUGUCCACAACCGUCCGCUCGAGUACUUUUGCUCCGACGACAUGACCUCGCUGUGCAGCACAUGCUUCGCAGAGGGCCACCACCAGAACCACGAUGUUCUCACCUUCAGUGUGGCCGAAGAGGAGAUGAGGCGGGCGCUGGCAAGCCGCAUCAAGGUUGUCUCCUGCAGGCUGCAGAUGACCGAGAGUCUCCUCGGGAAAACCGCCGAGGAGCAGGGGGCCUCCGAAGCCAUAGGUGACAAACUGAUCAACAAGGCCGUCACGGUCAUGGACAGUAUGGUUGCUCUGGUGGACAGGUACAGGGAGCGUCUGGGCGUGCUCCUGGAGGAGGAGAAAGGCCAGCGAAGGAAAAGCUGGCAGCUUGGAGUGGGUGCACUGGAGGAGCAGCAGCAGCAGUUGCUGGAUGCCCAGCGAAGUGCCGCACAGGCCCUCAGUGAGACUGACACGUGCAUCUUCAUACACAGGUUCAUGCUGAUCGAGGAGAAGCUGAGGAGAGCCGUGGGGGACACCAUUCCCUCCAAGAUCCCCACGAAGGCGCCGCUCAACACCAGGCGCCUCCAGACGGGCCUCAAAACCCAAGACUUCCGCUCGGAGAUGGCCCGCCACAUGGAUUCUCUCCACAUCCUCCUCAACCCCCUGGAGCUCACCUUCAACAUCUUCACCGCCCACCCCAGCCUGCUGGUGGCCAAUGACCUGCGCACGGUCAAGUGCAUCGCCAGCAAGCAGCCGUACCCCGAGCACGCCGAGCGCUUUACAAGUGCCCCCCAGGUGCUGUGCAGCCAGGGUUUCUUGAGCGGCGAGCAUGUUUGGGUGGUGGAGGUGGGGCCCAAGAGCAUGUGGUCGCUGGGUGUGUGCUACAAGAGCAUCCCACGCCGCGGCGACCACAGUCGCCUGGGACACAACUCCGUGUCCUGGCGGUUGCAGUGGAAGAACAGCAAGCUGACAGUGUGCCAGUCCUCCUCUAACGUGGCCCUGGGGGACAUCACCAGCCCCCCGCUGAGGAUCGAGGUAGCGCUGGACUUCGAGGGGGGGACGCUGAUGUUCCACAGCACCAAAGGGCGCAGGGAGCACCUCCACACCUUCAGGGCUGUGUUCAGGGAGCCAGUUUACCCAGCAUUCAGUAUUCACUCAAACACACCCGAGUCCUGGAUCACACUGCAGAGCGGGGUGUGAACUGUUCCUGGCACCCGAUUCGCUUGUUUGCUCAGCCAAGUAAGCUGGCCUCCACCGAAGAUGUUUUUUUUGUGCUUUUGCAUUAAUCGCUUUCUUUCCGAAAUCUGCAUGGCAAUGUUUGUAAAAAGCACGGGUUGAUUCAGAAUUCUAACAAAAAAUUGAUGUCAUGCAGCACUCAAGUCCAAAUGCAGAACUUCUUCCGCCAUAAAUAACGCUCGAUGCCACGCGCCACCAAAUGGUGCCAUGCUACUAAACAAAAGUGUUUCCCCAUUUCCCUGGCUCGACCGAUCACCUGAGAUCAUUUGUUUACAAAAAUAAAAAUAGUUACAGAAUCAUUUCUAAUUGACCGUUCCUCGGUAAACGUAUGGAGACAUUUGUUCUCAAUCAACGUCUUUUUCAUUUAACCAAUCACGGCCUUUUAGAAGAGCUCCAAUCUGAUUAUUGAGCGAACCACAGCACGGACAGACCGACUGAGAUGCGUACAUGACAGGGUGAUCGUUUUGGAUGCAAAAAAAUGAAGCUGUCCUUUUUGUCUUAGAUCUCCUUGCAUCUUUGGAUUUGAUCGACAACAAAAAUUUGAAUUGACAGACUUGAGAAAUGGGUUAUCCUCUCAGACCAUGUUUAAGCUUGGUUUCAGUCUAACAGUUUUUUGGCUUUUUUGCCUGGUUGCUCAUGUAUCUGGGACUUAUGGUAUUGAAUAUGGUAUUGGUCUCAUUUUGUUUUCAUUAUUUUCUUUUUUCUCCUGGGAAACUGUUUCACCAGAUGACCCCAACGCACUCGGUGCUCGUAUUGCCUGUAUCGUGGACAUGGAUGUUUGGAUGGGUUAAAAACUUUUAAAAUCUUAAUAAGGAAAAAAAAAACUUGGGUUCUUUUCAUAAAGCAGCAACAGAAUAACUUUUUGGCAUCAGGAAAACAGAUUAAAACAUAUCUCAUUUCCUGGGAGUGAUGCUUUGACUAAAUUCUCAUUUCAACAUGAUCAUUACAAACAUAAUUUUUUUUCAACUCGGUAAGGCGUCAGAUGACGCAAUGCUCAUUCAGACUCUACUCAUAUAUAUAACCGAAGCGAUGAUUUCAUUUUAAUUCUUACAUUAAAACCACAGGUGACAUGUAAAUAUAAAUGCAAUAGAGGGUGCUGUUGUACUUUUUGCAUUUUAAUAAUGUUACACAGUAGGUAACAAGUCUUUGUAAUUAAAUGUUAAACGCUUAAAUGUAUUAAUUUUGCAAUUGUUAGAAAAACGCAUUUUGAUUUUGACAGUUUGCAUAAAUGAAAUGUCAGGCAACAUUGUUUAGAUUGAAAGUUAAUUUUCAAUAAACCUCAAAAAUUUGAGUUAUUGUUUGAUUACUGUACACUGCACAGUGGGGUACCACUAAAAUGUUUUUUAUUAAACAGUAUUGAACAGUU